AUGGCGCAUCCGUCCAUCAAGAUCGACACCAGUGUGCCGUCUUCCAAACGCGGACUGCCCGAAAACGAUGACGCCGGCCUCGACAUCCUCGGAGGUCAAGACAACCCCAAUUUAGAGGCUGGGAACACCGAGGACGUGCCACCCUUCCUCUGCCAAUCUGUCUCGGAAAUUCAUGACAAGUUCGAAGAUCUGGAAUGGAUGCAGCGCACGCGACUGGCGGAGGGAAUGCUGGCCAAUGAUCUCUCACACCCCUGGGCCCUGGAAGCCGACCCCAAAGUCAAAGAGCGAAAUCGAUACUACAACGUACAGGCCUGGGCGAAUUGCCGCAUUCAUCUGCGGGUAGCCGAUGGCGAGUGCGAUUUCAUUAACGCAUCUCCGAUUCGGCUGGAGGACUCGGUCACACGGGAGCGAAGGAGAUACAUUGCAACUCAGGGCCCUAAACUCGGACAUCUUGCCGAUUUCUGGCACAUGGUUUUCCAUGAAUGCCAGGAGGUUGGCGUGAUUGUAAUGCUGACUCAGACUUUUGAAGCCGGUCGAGAGAAGUGCGCCCAGUACUUUCCGUUGGAUACGGAGCAGGCCUCGAUGGUCCUGUCAGCGGAGGAGUCCGAUGUCUUCUUCGACGAGAGCGAGCUAGCAGAGCCAGGCGUCUUGGGUAGGGUCACCCUCCUAGAGUCGACUUUCGAUGCGAGAUCUCGAUCUGAGAUCCGCAAACUCGAGCUCGCCAUCGGCUCCGAGUCCAAGAUCGUGUGGCACUUCCUGUUCGCCGGCUGGGCCGAUUACUCGAAGCCCGAAGGGAGCGACCGCCAAGCCCUGCUCGAUUUGAUCAAGCUCUCAGCCUCCAAAUCACACCCGGACAACCCGCGCAUCGUGCACUGCAGCGCCGGUGUUGGUCGAACGGGAACUUUCAUCGCCCUUGACCAUCUGCUAUGCGAGCUCGAAUCCGGACAUCUUUUAGAUGUGACGGAUCCAGAGAGAGACCCUGUCUUUGAGACCGUCAAUCAGAUGCGCGAGCAGCGGAUGAUGAUGGUUUACAACGAGAUGCAGAUGCAAUUCAUCUAUGAAGUACUCCGCGAGCAAACCGAUCGAAAGUUGGGCAAGGUGUCGGACUGGAACACAGAUUCGCCUCACGACAGUGAGGAACGUUCUGCCAAAGUCCCAAGGCUGGAUGAUCAGACCGACUACUUGCCAACUGCCAAGCCGGAGCUAGAAGCCCUGCCCGACCGCGCCCACACGCCGAGCAGAAGUUGGUCCGGCACGCCGGAGGGCUCUGAUAAUGAAUAA